AAUCCCGUUGUCGAGUCGGAAGGACCUGCGACCCUUAUUAGACUAUGUAUAUCCAUAUCUGCGAGCUGGGGGCUCUUCCGCAAUAAGCUUUUCGACCUUUGCCAAACUACCAUAACAAUUUUCCACUCAAUUCAACCACGCUUACUUACUCCCUCGACGACCAUUUGAACCGCGUCCCGCAUUUCGCUGCAAUAGGCUAUCGCGUCAGACAUAAUAACUCGUCUUGUUCCCCUUGUUCCUCUUUUCUCCCCUUUGCUAGCUUGCCACGAAGGGAAACAAGGAAUCCCAGCGCCCCUUGCUCAAGGCAGCCAACCAUGGCUCCACGCGAGAAGAGUCAGCUCAAGAGAGGACGGGAAUCUCCUCCCUCUAAGAAUGAUAAUGACACUGCGAAGAAACCUCGUAGAUCCGGCCGCCUGUCGCAAAAAGCUGAGAACGUCGAUCAACAAAAAACACCGGUCAUCACCAACAAGCAAAAUCUACCCUCCCCAGUCACAUAUCAAACCGAAAGCGACGGGAUAUAUAAAGAAGCAACAGCCGAACCCCCAGACGGACGCCCCAGUCAAGUGACUCAUCGCAGUCCCGAAGAGACCUUCUCUCAAGUACAGGCCUUCUCGUCUCCGCUACAAGAUACCCAGGCGUUUCCAACAUCCCAAUACGUUGACGGGAACGCCGCUUUGUCCGACGAGGUCGAGGAUGAAGAGAAGGAGGGAGUAUGGGGCUACCUGUUCCCGCUUAAUACCAUGUAUGGAGGGAGGUGUGUAGUCUUGAGAAAACGAUCUACUUGUCCGAAGUCAGACGAGCUCUCAGGCGCGUCAUCCAAGAAGCAACCAGGUGGUGCCCCCCUGAAACAGGAAGAGAGCUUUGAGAAGUCCAAGGCGAAGGACGCCCCGUCAGGCGGAUAUCUGAUUGGACGACACCCCGAGUGCGACGUUAUCGUGGACGACCCAAUGGUCUCUAACCGUCACUGCUUAAUAUUCACCGAGAACAAUAGUGAUGACACGAUCGCCAUCAUUGAAGACCUGUCCAGUAAUGGAACUUUCGUGAACGAGGCCAUCGUUGGGAGAAACCAACGCCGCGAAUUGCAAGAACAAGACGAGAUUGCGGUUAUGGACAAGGCUCGUUUCAUCUUCCGCUAUCCGCGAAGCCGAUCUUCCAGCGCCUUCCUACAACAAUACACUCUACUCGAUCGCUUGGGCAAAGGUCACUUUGCUGAAGUGUACUUGUGCGUAGAGAAGUCUACCGGUCAGCGUUAUGCUGUCAAGAUUUUCACGAAGAACCCUGGCAUGGAUGAGAAGUCUAAGACGGAUGGGCUGCAACAGGAGAUUGCGGUGUUGAUGGGAGUUAGCCACCCUAAUGUGCUGUGUCUGAAGGACACUUUCAAUGAGAAGAACGCGGUGUAUUUGGUUUUGGAACUUGCCCCAGAAGGCGAAUUGUUCAACUACAUUGUGAUGAAGCAGAAAUUGACUGAGGCGGAAACGAGGAAGCUGUUCAUCCAGUUAUUCCAGGGUAUCAAGUACUUGCACGACCGAAAUAUCGUUCACCGAGACGUCAAACCUGAAAAUAUCUUGCUAACCGACAAGGAUCUCCACGUCAAGCUUGCCGACUUUGGACUUGCUAAAAUCAUCGGAGAGGAGUCAUUCACGACUACUCUAUGCGGUACCCCAAGCUAUGUCGCCCCGGAAAUAUUGGCGGAAGUGAAACACAGGAAAUAUACCAAGGCAGUCGAUAUCUGGUCACUCGGAGUAGUGCUAUAUAUAUGUUUAUGCGGGUUUCCACCCUUCUCGGACGAACUAUACAGUCGUGAUUUCCCUUAUACGCUUUCGCAGCAGAUCAAGGGCGCUCGAUUUGACUAUCCUUCCCCAUACUGGGAUUCAGUAGGAGACCCGGCAUUGGACCUCAUUGAUCAUAUGUUGGUUCCCGAGCCGGAGAAACGCUUCACAAUUGAUCAAUGUCUUACACAUCCGUGGAUAACCGAGAAGACACUAGGCGUCAAUGACAGUACGGAUGGCCUAGUGGCAGGUAUUGGAGGUCUCGAGGUGCAACGAAGAGGUGCGGUCCGUGAGCGAACACUGCUUAGCUCCAUCAACUCGGUGCAAGUCGCAAACAAAAUCCCCGCCACCCCGGAUUCAAAGAAGAGCCCGAUAAAGGUGUUCAACAAGAACCCGGCAGCAGAUAAGAAUAAGGCAACACAAGCAGAACCUCGGCCUGCGGACCAAAGGGGUACGAAAGAGUUUAUGGAAAUGGGUGGCAAAGGCGACCAGGAGCUGUUCGGGAAUGACGAUGCAAGCUUCUACUCCAAGCCCGAGGCGGCAGCAGCAAAGGGGAACAAGGCAAAAGGUAAGGGUAAAGUGAAGGCCGGUGGAAGAUGAUUGGGCAUGAAGCAGCAUGAGAUGAAAUGAGAUGGUGGGAAAAUAUCAUUGUUCGACGAGUCUAGAAGAUCUAUCAGUUGUUCAUUCCGCGGGGGGCGGCAUAUGGCGGGUGCAUGAGCUUAUGAGCUCUUAUACUUGUCAGUUCUUACAAGUGUUGUCGGUCUUUAGGGGAGGUUUAUUUUCUUCAUUCAGCCUACUACGAUGGGUUGAUUUAUAUUUGCGGGUGUGCAUCAAGCAGGCGUCUCCAAAGUCGAGGUUUAUUCGGAAUUAAAAAAGAGGGGAGGGGUUUUCUCAGAAUUCGCAUCACAUCGUACCAUGAGUACACUUUAAAUGCUAUUCAAUUAAAUGAAGGGUAAGGGUCAUUUCACGUCGACGUCCGCGAAGAAUUCACUAGCUCAGCCUAGAACGCCUGUCGUCACUAGGCUGUCUUCUCCCGCCCCUAUGUCGACAUCAUAGAUAAUCUAUUUCAAGCACUCGAGUCAUCUUACUAAGUAAACGCAUCAGAGAUACGAUAUUUCCAUAUAAUAUACGCCCAUUAGCUCAGAUAGUUUCUUACUUUGACUAGACU